AAACCAGGAAGUAAACAACGUAACUCGUGCAGAUGACAGAUUCAAACAUGGCGGGCUCCGUAGCACUACUUGUCGGGUCAAUAAGUCCUGCUAUUGGCACGCCAAAUGUCGUAUUUUGCUGACAGUUUAUUUUUUCCUCCACUCUUUUACCCUUAUAUUAUAACUCAUGUUGGCGUCACUGGUUGUAGCGUCCGUUCGCAAGCUCCGACCGCGGUUCCCCCGGCACAGGGCGCUCUCCACCAUUCAGCCGGGGAAUGGCUCACCUCCUUCCCUGGAGGAGACCUCCGCUGAGCAGAGAUCCUGGAAGGACCCCGGGGACCGCUCCGUGCUCCUUUUCCCCGGCCAGGGCAGCCAGUUUGUGGGCAUGGGUCGUGGGCUUUUGCGGUACCCCAACGUCGGAGAGAUGUUCGAGGCGGCCCAGGAGAUCCUCGGCUACGACCUGCUGUCAUUGUGCCUGAACGGUCCCGAGGAGGAGCUGAGCAAGACGGUUCACUGCCAGCCGGCGGUGUUCGUCACUUCACUGGCGGCCGUGGAGAAGCUCAACCACCAAAACCCGAAAGCCAUCGAGACGUGCGUCGCCGCCGCCGGCUUCAGCGUGGGCGAGUUCGCCGCGCUCGUCUUCUCCGGCGCCAUGACCUUUGCCCAAGCUCUGUACGCCGUGAAGGUGCGCGCCGAGGCCAUGCAGCGGGCGUCAGAACUGGUGCCCAGCGGGAUGCUGUCGGUGACGGGCAAAUCUCAGGCGCAGUACAAGCACGCCUGCCUGCUGGCCAAGGAGCACUGCCGCGGUCUGGGUGUGGAGGAGCCCGUGUGCGCCGUGGCCACCUACCUCUUCCCUGACGGCAGGGUGAUCGCCGGACACCGCCAGGCUCUCGACUUCCUGCAGCAAAACGCCAGGCGGUUGCACUUCCUCAGAACCAAAAUGCUGCCCGUCAGCGGCGCCUUUCACACGGAGCUCAUGAGCGGUGCCGUCGAGCCCCUCAAAGAUGUUCUGCGGCAGUUGGAGGUGCACCGUCCUGAGAUCAGCGUGUACUCCAACGUGGACGGCAAGCGCUACAUGAGCGACGGCCACGUGCGACGCCAGCUGACGCAGCAGCUCACGGCGCCCGUCAAGUGGGAGCAGACGCUGCACGAGAUGUUCGAGCGGGCGCGCGGCCAGCGAUUCCCCCGCGUUUACGAGGUCGGGCCCGGCCGGCAGCUGGGCGCCACGCUGCAGCGAUGCAACCGCAAGGCCUUUGACGGCUACGCGCACGUCCACCCGGCCGACGAUGACGAACGCUGAUGACGCCGUAGAAGGUGGGAAUUUAAGACGAAUUGUUCGCUUUUGGACCGAUUUCAUGGAAUUGGAUAAAGUCACCCGCUGUAUCAUUUUGGAAUCACCGAACUAAAGUGAGUUUUUUUUUAUUUUUU